GUAUCCGGUCUAGAUGUUUGAUGCAUUCAAACACAAACGGUGUCCAUUGUCUUAAGAAGAAAUAGGUUUUGUUACUAAGUCUCCAUGAAGCUUCAUAUUUCCUGGUUUACUUGAUCAAAUCGUACUUUUGGCUCAAGAAUCUUCACAUAUUUGUGAUUUGUACUGGGUCGUCCUUGUUGUGUUGUGCUCCUUUUGUGUCACUUAUUCGAUAUUAAGGGCAGGUGAGGGUCAUUAGUCAUGACAGCAUAUGCCACCAACAUACCUGCCAUAGAUCCCAGUUUAGGACAACUCGUUGAAUUACCAAUAGAUCAAGCUGGCGCAUACGUUAUCCAAGAUGCAAGUGGUGGUCAAAUCCAGUUAGGCAGUGUUCAGGGUGGAAAGAGUUUACUGAAACCCGAAUUAGCCCAACACUUAAGCCAGCAUACUGGUUACAAGUCGAAUGUUGGCAGAGGAGGCUUCACUUUGAGUAGUAAUGAUGCUCGUUGGGUUCCACUCAAUGCAAAUCGUGGAUCACGUAGCAUCACCAGCCGUAAACCUCUAAAUGCAAGUGCUCCUGCAGCUCAAUCAGCUGGACUGCAAUCUACUGUACUGGCACCUGCAGCUUCAGGAUUACUAUCCUUGGGUACUCGUUAUACUCCGUCUUCGGCUACUGUAUUUGGUACGACAGGAGGAGGCUCGAUAUCUGGUGUUAAUCAAGGUAUAACUGGUGCAGGGGCAGCUACAAUGAUACCUUCGGGCACACCAUCCAGUAAUAUUGUUUCAGGCGGUGUUAGUGCAAUAGGCAGCAUGGGUGUGGAUCGAGACUCUGGUUAUCGUUUAGCCGCCGCAAUAGCUGGUACUAGUGGUCGAGGCCGCCCUCGAGGUCGAAGGCCUUUGAGGGGUCAGUUUCCUGUUGUUCCAAUUGAUAUGGUUCGACAAUUGGGCAUUGAACAACAAGUCAUUUUACAACCGGCGGCCCCAGUUGCCAUGCGCAACAAAGCUGUGUUAUGUCGACCAUUGUCCAUGUGUCGUAAAACUCAAGCGAAUGCAACAACAUACGAGAAUUUAUCCCAACAUGGUGUUGCUGUGCAAACGGAUAAUUCUCUAACUGCAACAGAAUCAAGUAACAAAAAUGAUAAAACAUCUCUUGGGAUUGAAAUGCAAACCCAGACUGUUGACACAAAACCAGUUGAGAGUGAUGAUGAUGAUGAUGAUGAUGACGAUGAUGAUAUGGUACCUGUAGGUGAAAUUGAAGAUGAUCAAAUAUUAAUGAAAUCUGACCAACCAAGUUUUAGUUGUGCUGAGACAUCAACUGCUGAUGACAUCGCUUUUGUCGAAUCUGGCACUCAAACAGAUUUAACCGAUGAAGAUGAAUUGAAAAAAAUGCCACUUGUACUACCCAUACCUAUCCCGGUUCCAAUCUAUGUACCUUUUCCAGUAUGUUUAUACGCAAGACCAGUGCCAUAUGCAAUCCCCUAUCCGUUACCAUGUCCAGUUCCAAUUCCACUUGUCUUCGAUGCUACUCCAGAAACUCCGCAUGUUGAAGACCAAGGACAACAAGUUGACUUAAGCACUGGUAGAGCACUCAUCGACUCUUCCGUUAAAUUCAAUGUACAUGAUUCAUCAGUAACGGUAGGAGAUAAUGAUAAUCAAGCUGAUACACAGGUUGGUGAUUUAGAACGUUCAACACAGUCGAUUGAUUAUCCAUGUACAUCAUCAAUGUCAAAUGACGAAGAAGGCGAUAUAGAGACAAUUGAAGAGCCUAGUGAUGCUCCUGGCAAAUCUCGGAAUGUAUCUAAUCUUAAACGUCCUGCUCCAGAAGAGUCAUCAUCUUCAGACUCGUGGGCUUCAGAGUCAACUGCCACACAACAAUCCAAUGAACAUAAUCCACCAUUUCACCAUCAUCAAUCGAUGACAUCGGUUGUGAGUCAUUCCAGUAGUGGAAGAGAGAUAGAUCAAUCGCUGCCACCGCCACCCCCAACUAAACGGUCUCGUCAAACUCUCACACCCAUACUUACAUCUGAUGCUAAUUACCAUUUGAAAUUCUCUUAUGGGAUCAAUGCAUGGCGUCACUGGGUGCAGCAAAAAUCAACUUCUUCAUCUACAGACAAACCUAGAUCUAAUGCAGCUGCAAUGCAACAAUAUUCACACUUAUAUGCUGAUUUAUUAAACAUGAGUGAUGCCGAUCUUAAUAUCGCAUUAAGUCAGUUUGUUCGUGAAGUUCGCAAACCAAAUAAUGAAUGUUAUGUGGCUGAUUCAAUUUUCUAUUUGUGUCUAGGUAUUCAAGAGUAUCUCAACGAAAAUGGUCGUACUGUAAACUUAUUUGGCGAUCCUGCGUUCACUAGUCUAUCUAGAGCUUUGAAUGAAAUAUUAGCCAAUUUCCAACCACGUAUUAGUCCUGAGGGACUUCUUAUCUGUCGUAUCGAAGAAGAACAUUUAUGGGAAGCAAAACAAUUAGGUUCACAAUCAGCUGAGAUUUUAUUAUUCACUAUGCUUUACUACAAUACCAAACAUAUUGGUUUACGACUUGGUACCGUUCAUCGACAAUUAUCAUUCUCACAAUUUCAAAUCUCUGAAACAGCUGUUCUUUGUCAUUUACCUGGUAAUAUGUUUGGUGAAUCAGAUGAUUCUAUCACUACAUUAAGUUUAGAUGCAAAUCCUCAAAAUCCACAACGAUGUCCUGUUAAACUUUACAAAGCAUACUUUGCCCGUUGUCCCCCAGAACUACUAGAUUCCGAUAGUGUGUUCUACUUGAAUCCACUAUACCCUCCACAAUCUGAUUUGUGGUUUUCAACCAAUCCCGUUCGACCGACUGAAUUGCAAGUGAUACUUAAUAGAAUUAAAAUGGUGAAAGAGAUUCAAGAAGCAUUUAUGAACAGUCAACCAGAUGGGGGCUUCUAAGCUCAUUUAUAUAUAACCGUAUUCUAUAUGUAUUUUGAUUAAAUUGUUUCUCUCAAACCAAUCUAUCAACGAUUCCCCCCUAUUCUCCCUUUUCAUAUGACUAUAAAAUAGUGAACAUAUAUGCACAUUUGUCUGUCUUUUUUAAUCCUAUCGUUCUUUAUAUCAUUUUUUGCCUCACUUUUUCACCUGUAUAAACUGAUUGUGGAAAUAAAUUUUCUAUCAUGUGUUC